UUCACCCUUGUAUUUGAAUAGAGCGAGGUCAGAAGCAGGUGGACCGGACGCAGCCAGUGCAGCUUCAGCUUCAAGCUGCAAUAAUGUAAUUAAACAGAAACCCAAAGAAGAGAGGGAAGGAAACAUGUCAUGUGCUCAAUCCGAGGCAGACCUAGCAGCGGCAGCAGCAGCACCAGCAGUCAUUAAGUCAGACUGCACCAUUUUUAUUCCUACUCUGCUGUGAGGUGCUUGUGGAAUUUAAAGAAGAUCUUCCUCCCCUGCUGACGUCUCCGAGGUGGCCUCUUCCUGGCUGUAGUCAGAGGACGCAAGCUGUAUUGAAAGGUCCCAGAAGACCUUUCUGGUUUGGUGAGGAGUUAAAGGAUGGACUGUCAGCUGGUCUGAAGCUCGCUUUAUACACAGUCAGUGACCAUCUGGGACCUUGCCAAUGUGAAAGAGCAGAUCCUCUAAUCUUUUUUCUCCCCAAUCUUGCCUAGGUCUUGUCAUUGACACCUGGUCUAUGUUAGGUUUCACUGGUUCAAUGCUCAGUGGGCUCUGAGAUGCUCUCUCGUCUGAUGGCUCCUGCAGCAUAUGGACACAAGCUGUAAUUUAUCUGUGGAUUGGAGGAUUACAGUGGAAAGUUCUGGCUGACAGCCACAGACUUAGUGGGAGAGAAAAAACCCUGGAUUGUUUAUUCCUGUGGUAGGAGCUGAGUCCUUGAAGCUGGUUCUUGCCUCCUCAAGAUGGCUCAUGCUGCUGCUUCUAUUAAAAAAGUCAGAGAGCUGGAGCUGUCUACGGUUGAAGAGAAAGAGAAAGAGAGGGAAAAGGAGAGGAGAAGGCGUAAGAUCCCUAGGGAUCGCAUAGAUCGAAAACGCAAGUCGGACAGCAAUACCAGCUUCCUCAAAGCUGCACGAUCAGGCAAUUUGGACAAGGUACUGGAAUACCUUAAAGGAGGAGUAGACAUCAAUACAUGUAACCAGAAUGGACUCAAUGCUUUACACCUUACUGCCAAAGAGGGUCACCUCUAUCUUGUGCAGGAACUGCUGGAAAGAGGCUCUUCAGUGGACUCUGCAACUAAGAAAGGGAACACAGCGCUGCACAUUGCUUCCCUCGCUGGGCAGGUAGAAGUUGUGAAGACUCUUGUCAAGCAAGGAGCCAAUAUUAAUGCCCAGUCUCAGAAUGGAUUUACCCCUCUGUACAUGGCUGCCCAAGAGAACCACCUUGAAGUUGUAAAAUAUUUACUUGAAAAUGGGGCCAACCAGAGCACUGCCACAGAGGAUGGCUUCACUCCUCUGGCUGUUGCUCUGCAGCAAGGACAUAAUAUGGUGGUUGCCAUUCUUUUGGAGAAUGAUACAAAAGGGAAAGUAAGACUGCCAGCUCUGCACAUUGCAGCCAGGAAGGAUGACACGAAGUCUGCUGCCCUCUUACUUCAAAAUGACCACAACGCUGAUGUGCAGUCCAAGAUGAUGGUGAAUAGGACCACAGAGAGUGGUUUUACACCUUUACACAUCGCUGCUCAUUAUGGAAAUGUAAAUGUGGCAACGCUUUUGCUCAACAGAGGAGCGGCCGUAGACUUCACAGCAAGAAAUGGAAUUACCCCAUUGCAUGUGGCUUCCAAAAGAGGAAAUACAAACAUGGUGAAAUUACUGCUUGACCGAGGAGGACAAAUUGAUGCCAAAACCAGGGAUGGACUUACACCACUACACUGUGCAGCACGAAGCGGACAUGAUACUGCUGUAGAGCUGCUUCUAGAGAGAGGCGCACCACUGCUUGCAAGGACCAAGAAUGGCCUGUCUCCACUUCACAUGGCUGCUCAAGGAGACCACGUGGAAUGUGUAAAACACCUGCUUCAACACAAGGCACCUGUAGAUGACGUCACACUGGAUUACCUGACAGCUUUGCAUGUUGCAGCCCAUUGUGGACAUUACAAAGUAACCAAACUUCUUCUUGACAAGAGGGCAAACCCUAAUGCCCGUGCCCUGAAUGGUUUUACUCCAUUGCACAUUGCCUGCAAGAAAAAUCGUAUCAAAGUUAUGGAACUGCUAGUGAAAUAUGGGGCUUCAAUCCAGGCUAUUACAGAGUCUGGUCUGACUCCAAUACAUGUGGCUGCUUUCAUGGGCCACUUGAACAUAGUCCUCCUUCUGCUGCAGAAUGGAGCCUCUCCAGAUGUCACUAACAUUCGAGGAGAGACAGCAUUGCAUAUGGCUGCUCGCGCAGGACAGGUGGAAGUUGUUCGUUGCCUUCUCAGGAAUGGUGCACUGGUGGAUGCCAGAGCCAGGGAGGAGCAGACACCUCUCCACAUAGCCUCUCGUCUGGGCAAAACAGAGAUUGUCCAGCUUUUGCUGCAACACAUGGCUCACCCAGAUGCUGCAACCACAAAUGGAUACACUCCUCUUCAUAUCUCAGCCCGAGAGGGACAGGUGGAUGUGGCAUCAGUCUUAAUUGAAGCCGGAGCUUCCCACUCCAUGCCAACCAAGAAAGGAUUUACCCCACUGCAUGUAGCUGCUAAGUAUGGAAGCCUAGAUGUGGCCAAACUCCUCCUUCAGCGCCGUGCAACCCCAGAUUCUGCUGGCAAGAACGGGCUCACACCACUUCAUGUUGCUGCUCACUAUGACAACCAGAAGGUGGCGAUGCUGCUACUGGAAAAGGGAGCUUCUCCCCAUGUCACAGCCAAGAAUGGUUAUACACCGCUGCAUAUAGCUGCCAAAAAGAAUCAAAUGCAGAUAGCCAUGACAUUGCUAAACUAUGGAGCAGAGACCAACAUUCUAACAAAGCAAGGAGUCACCCCACUUCACCUGGCGGCCCAGGAGGGACACGCUGAUAUGGUCACUCUUCUGCUGAACAAACAAUCUAAUAUUCAUGUUGGCACUAAGAAUGGACUGACUCCACUGCACCUUGCAGCCCAGGAGGACAAGGUGAAUGUAGCUGAAAUACUUGCAAAGCAUGGGGCAAAUCUAGAUGCUCAAACCAAGCUGGGUUACACACCACUUAUUGUAGCCUGUCACUAUGGAAACAUAAAGAUGGUGAACUUCCUUCUGUCACAUGGAGCUGGUGUCACUGCUAAAACUAAGAAUGGCUACACACCUUUACAUCAAGCUGCUCAGCAAGGCCACACACAUAUUAUUAAUGUUCUGCUGCAAAAUGGAGCAAAACCCAAUGCUACCACUGCGAAUGGCAACACUGCCCUCGCGAUUGCCAGGCGAUUGGGAUAUAUCUCUGUGGUGGAUACCCUGAAGGUUGUCACAGAGGAGGUUAUCACCACUACCACGACUGUCACAGAGAAGCACAAGCUAAAUGUGCCUGAGACUAUGACUGAAGUUCUGGAUGUCUCCGAUGAGGAAGAUGACACAAUGACUGGAGAUGGAGGAGAGUACUUGCGACCUGAAGAUUUAAGGGAGCUAGGAGACGAUUCCCUUCCAAGCAGUCAGUUUUUGGAUGGAAUGACCUACUUGAGGUACAGCUUAGAAGGAGGACGCUCAGAGAGCCUCCGAUCCUUCAGUUCAGACAGGUCCCACACGAUAAGUCAUCACUCAUAUCCCAGAGGCAGUGCCAUAAUAGACGACUCUGUCAUCAUACCCCAUGAUCAGGUCUCAUAUUUGACAAAAAUGGAACAGAACUCAUAUCGUUUUAGCUGGGGGAAUGAUAACCUGGACAAUGUUGCACUCUCCUCCAGCCCCAUCCAUUCUGGCCGCAUAUCUCCUUGUCUUGACCGAGACCACAGCAGUUUCUUAGUUAGCUUCAUGGUGGAUGCUCGAGGAGGUUCUAUGAGGGGUUGCAGGCAUAAUGGCUUAAGAAUCAUAAUUCCUCCUCGGAAAUGUACAGCCCCUACAAGAGUGACCUGUCGUUUGGUUAAGCGCCAUCGUUUGGCUACUAUGCCACCCAUAGUGGAAGGAGAAGGUCUUGCCAGUCGGCUUAUUGAAGUUGGACCUUCUGGAGCUCAGUUCCUUGGUAAACUUCACCUUCCUACUGCUCCUCCCCCUCUAAAUGAGGGAGAAAGCUUGGUCAGCCGAAUCCUUCAACUGGGACCUCCUGGGACCAAAUUCCUUGGGCCAGUGAUUGUGGAGAUCCCUCAUUUUGCGGCACUGCGUGGAAAAGAGCGAGAGCUUGUCAUACUGCGUAGUGAGACAGGUGACAACUGGAAAGAACACUUUUGUGAUUUCACAGAGGAUGAACUGAAUGAGAUACUUAAUGGGAUGGAUGAAGUUCUUGACCCACCUGAAGAACUGGAAAGAAAACGCAUUUGCCGUAUUAUCACUCGAGACUUCCCACAGUAUUUUGCUGUGGUUUCUCGUGUGAAACAGGACAACAACUUGAUCGGACCUGAGGGAGGAAUCCUUAGCAGCACUGUGGUCCCUCAAGUACAAGCUGUCUUCCCAGAAGGUGCACUUACUAAGAGAAUCCGUGUUGGUCUUCAGGCCCAGCCUAUGCAUCUAGAACUUGUAAAGAAGAUACUAGGAAACAAAGCAACAUUCAGUCCUAUUGUAACACUGGAACCAAGAAGAAGGAAAUUUCACAAGCCUAUAACAAUGACUAUUCCGGUUCCAAAGGCCUCUAGUGAAGCAAUGCUGAAUGGAUAUGGUGGUGAUACACCUACGCUACGGUUACUAUGCAGUAUAACUGGUGGUACAACCCCUGCACAAUGGGAAGACAUCACUGGGACAACACCACUUACAUUCGUUAAUGAAUGUGUCUCCUUUACUACUAAUGUAUCUGCCAGGUUUUGGUUAAUAGACUGUCGACAAAUUCAAGAGUCUGUUACUUUUGCCAGCCAAGUAUAUAGAGAAAUUAUCUGUGUACCUUAUAUGGCCAAAUUUGUUGUUUUUGCCAAAUCCCAUGACCCUAUUGAAGCACGUCUUAGAUGUUUCUGUAUGACUGAUGACAAAGUAGACAAGACACUGGAGCAGCAAGAAAACUUUGCAGAAGUUGCUAGAAGUAGAGAUGUAGAGGUGCUGGAAGGAAAACCAAUCUAUGUGGACUGCUUUGGUAACCUAGUACCCUUAAUAAAGAGUGGUCAACAUCACAUAUUUAGUUUCUACGCCUUCAAAGAAAAUAGACUUCCAUUAUUUGUUAAGGUACGAGAUACAACCCAAGAACCGUGUGGACGUCUUUCUUUUAUGAAGGAGCCGAAAUCCUCUAGAGGCCUUGUGCAACAAGCCAUUUGCAAUCUAAAUAUCACUUUACCACUUCAUAAUAAGGAAUCUGAAUCAGAUCAAGAACUUGAAGAUGAGGGAAAUCUAACAUCUGAGAAAAAUGAUGAAGAAACGGAAUCCACAGAAACUUCCAUCCUGAAAAGCCAUCUUGUCAAUGAUGAGCCAGUAUUAGCAAGUCCAGAUUUGCUGUCGGAAGUUUGUGAAAUGAAGCAAGAUUUGAUAAAAAUGAGUGCAAUUCUUACCGUUGAUGCCACACAAAAGCCAUGUUCUCUUAAAAAUAAAGACCUUGAAAGAACCGAAGAGGAUCCAGGAGAACCGUUUGAAAUAGUUGAAAGGGUAAAAGAAGAUUUAGAAAAAGUGAAUAAAAUACUUAGAACUGGAACCUACUCCAAAGAAGAAGCUCACUCUUCAAGAUCAUAUAAAAAAGAUGAAGAAUGGGUUCUUGUAGGGGAUGAUGAAAUAGAGGAAGCCAAACUUAAUGCCCUCCAUGAUGUUGAUGAAAUUCCAUGUAUAGAAAUAAAAAUAGACCGAGGGGAGAAACCUAAAAUAAAAACAGACACACAUGACAUGGUUCACUAUCUCACAAAUGACCUUAACUCUUACUCAACUGAUUCGACAGCUACAAGUGGACCUGGAACACAGAAACCUGAGCAACGUAAACUGGAAAUAAAAAAACCUGUCCGCAGGAAACUUAGGGAAAGAAAGCGGGAAGAAGAGCUCCAUGGUAGUGAGGUUUUGGUACUAACAAAAUUUAGUUCAGAAGAGUCAUUGGAUGAUGAAAUUGACCUUAACCUAAGUACAGUACCUGCUCCAAGUGUAAAAGAAGUUUCUCCAGUGAUCGAAGAAACUCCAAUUGGAUCAAUAAAAGACAAGGUAAAAGCUCUUCAGAAACGAGUUGAAGAAGAACAAAAAGGACAUUCAAGCAUAUCAAGCAAAACACAAUUGAAGGAGGUUGUUAGCGAGCCUGCCAAGAAACAAAGUAUAGUGACUGUAGUGCAGCCACCUGUUUCUCCAUCUUCAAAAACUGAAAAAUUGGAAGAAACUAUGUCUGUUCGGGAAUUAAUGAAGGCAUUUCAAUCAGGACAUGAUCCUUCUAAGGAGAAAUCAGGACUUUUUGAAUAUAAAACAGUACAAAAGCAAAGCUCUGUAGAAAACAAAUCAUCAGACAGUACAGUUCAGUUGUCAGAUAAUAUUACGCAGAUAGAUAACUUAGUAAAAAAACAAGUAACUUCUAGUGAAGGUGAGCCAAAAACCCCAAAAGGUCAUGUUAAGUUAAAGUCAGUCUCUGAUGAUCAAAAAGAAUACAAGGGAAGUCCUAAAUUGCCUCCUAUUGAAAUUAAAGAGGUAGUGACUCAGAUCCAUACAAAAGAUGAACUUGUCCACUCAGUCAUAGAUGAAGAAGUCUCUAUGGAUAGAUCAAAUAUAAGGUUAAGAGUUAGCAUUAGUGACCAAGAUGUUGACCCACAAAUUAGCCCUGACAGAAAGACAUCCACAGACUUUUCAGCUGUUAUCAAAGAAGAACUGGAGGAUAAUGACAACUAUUUACAAUUCAAGCACCUCCCAGAAGCAGAAGGGGUGCAGUUAAAUUUAGACCAAGUACUCAUUAGUCCAUUUAAUGUAUCAUUUCCUACUGAAGAUGAAACAGAUGGCUUUCUUCCAGCGUUACAUAUACAGGGUGGUACAUAUGAUGAUAGCUCAGAUAGUCUUAAGCAUGAAGGCAUUGCAGAUUCUCCAAGUGGCAGCUUAUUGGAUGGAACACCUCACAUGAGUUCAGAAGACAGCUAUAAGCAUGAAGGUCUAGCAGAGACCCCAGGUACAAGCCCUGAAAGCCUUUCAUUUUCACCAAAGAAAUCAGAAGAACAGGUUGGCGAUAAACCUAAAGCAGAGAAAGAGAAUAUCCAUGACAUAAAGUCUGAUAUUGUAACUGAAAAUAAAGAUAAGGAAUUGGCUAAAGAGGAAGACAUCACAUCACACAUGCCUAAAGUUGAUGAAAAAUGUACUGACACUGAAAAAUCUCCUUUGGAAUGUAAAGAUUCUGAAGUAAAAGAUAAACAACAUGUAACUUUGAAAAGCCCCCAGGGUCUACAAUUAAUUCUGUCUACCAAACAUACACAAGAUGAUGAGAUCAGUAGCCCAGUGGCAGAUGAUUCAGUAGCAAUUAGCCAUAAGGAUUCAUUGGAAGCAAGUCCAGUGUUAGAAGACAACUCUUCUCAUAAAACUCCUGAUUCAUUAGAACCAAGUCCCACAAAAGAAUCUCCAUGUCGUGAUUCACUUGAGAGUAGCCCUGUGGAACAAAAAAUUAAGUCUAGUAUGCUCAUAGGCUCUGCCCUUCAUGCAAGUCUGAAAUCAGAUCUGGCCUCAGAGUUAGCUCUUCGUACUAGAAUUCUAAGAGAUCCAGAUGGAAGUGCUGAGGAUGAUAGCAUAGAACAGACAUCACUCAUGGAAAGCUCUGGAAAAAGUCCACUUUCUCCAGAUACUCCAAGUUCUGAAGAGAUCAGUUAUGAAGUCACUCCAAAAAUGCAAGACUUGCAGGCUUUCUCUACCCUUCCAAAGCCUGGUAUAAUUCCAGAAGUUUCUGAAGAGCCAGAAGAAGAUUCUGAAAAUGAGCCAAAGAAAAGAUUCACCCCUGAAGAAGAAAUGUUUAAAAUGGUAACAAAGAUAAAAAUGUUUGAUGAGCUUGAACAGGAAGCAAAGCAGAAAAGAGAAUAUAAAAAAGAAUUCAAGCAUGAAGAACAUGUUUCAGUAAGUGACACAAACAUGGCAAACGAUGAGGACAUUGAAGAGAGUGGUAUUAAACUAGUGCAGGAUGAAGAUGUUCAGAUUGUAGUCAAGUCUGUAGAAAGCAGAAAAAGUAGUAGUUCUUCAGAAAGUGAACCCGAAUUAACCCAGUUAAAAAAAGGAGCAGACUCUGGUCUACUGCUGGACCCUUUAAUAAGAGUUCAACCUCCAUCUCCACUACCACCAAGCUUAGAUUCUAGUUCAAGCCCUGAGGACACAGCGUUUCAACCAAUCAUGCCUGCACAGGAGGUCCAGUCAGAUGAUGUUAGCAUACAAAAUACAGAACAAGGGGAACACCUUAGACAUGAAAGCUCCACUUCAUCUGAAGACAAAGUUUUGACAACUGAGGCUGAAACUAAAGAGAUCUGUACUGAUUCAUCUAUGACAAGAAAAGAUGUAUAUGAAAACAUGAGUACACAUGGGGAAAUAGCACAAAAUCUUUCAGAUAGUAGCAGUGCAAUUCAGAAUGUUGAAGUUGCACAUAAAAGUGUAUCUGGUUUUGAAGUAGAAAACAAUCUUAUAGCUUCUUAUGAUGUGUCUGUCAGUGAACAAAUUAGUCUGGGACAAAAUAUAACUGAAUGUAUGGAAUACUCAUCAGAGUAUAACAAUGUAACAUAUCCAGCAGAAAGUGAUGGAUCGCCAUCUGAGGAUAAAAGUACAACUAAAUCAUUUAUUUCAUCACCAUUAGUGCUUAGUCAGACAUCUAUAUCUACACAAUCACAUGAUGAAAUUGUUGGGCAUGAAGGUAGUGUUUCUGUUCCUGAAAUCACAAGUCCAUAUGAGAAUGUCCCAAUAGAACAUUUUUUUACCAGUCAUGAUAUUACUCAAGGAAAUGCUCAUGCCAUAAGCAAGACUGAAAGUCAAUCAUGUGGUAAACCUGAGCAGAAUGAGGAAGCUACACCAAGGUAUUCUUCAACAGAUGAUGAAUGUUUUAAAAAAGAUGCCUUAAUAAGCGAAACCGCAGAACAUCAAAGUGAACACAUUAUUAUAACUAAAACUGAAGCAGACUCAUGGAGUUCCAUCAGAGAAGAUGAUGCAGCUUUUGAAGCACGUGUGAAAGAAGAAGAGCAAAAAAUAUUUGGAUUGAUGGUAGAUAAACAGUCACAGGGAACUACACCUGAUACCACUCCAGCACGUACACCUACUGAAGAGGGCACACCAACCAGUGAACAAAACCCCUUUAUGUUUCAGGAAGGAAAACUCUUUGAGAUGACCCGCAGUGGAGCUAUUGAUAUGACCAAAAGAAAUUAUGCAGAUGAAAGCUUUCAUUUUUUCCAAAUAGGACAGCAGUGUGCAGAAAGUGUGCCAGAGGACAUCAAAGAAGAAAGUGGAGAAGAAGAAUCACCAGUUCCUGAAAGUUUAUCAGAUCCAUUUUCUGCUGUAGAAACUGAUGUAACAGAAAGUGAGUUACACAAUGCAUCAGAAUCUCUGUUUGACAGCCAGUCCGUUGCCGAAUCUGAAAUGGAUGGUGAUUAUAUGGAUACAGAAACUACUAAAACAGAACAGAAGUCAAGAAUCCCUAUUAAGAUGGGUAUUUCUGCUUCCUCAAAAACAUCUAAAAAGGAUUCUGCAGGGGACAGUACUACAAUAGUAUCAAAUACUCAAGAAGGGUAUGAUAGUUCCUCACUAGACUCUUGGUCACCAUCUCCUGAUCAUUCUUUAGUAGAUAUGCAAAUAGAUUUUACACCCCAUACAAAAGUAGAGGUUUCUAAUCGGGAUGAAUCCCCAGAUACUUCACCUGAAGAACAGAAGUCUGUAAUUGAAAUCCCAACCGCAGACAUGGAAAGUGGUUCCUCUUUUGUAUUAAAGUCCAAAAUUCCUAUAAGGUCUAUUUCUUCAGUAUCUGAAGAUAGUUCACAAAGUCCUAUAAUUGCUAAUACUGAAUACAAGUCCGCAAAUGAUAGCCUUACACUUGUGGAAGAUCAAAAGCCAAAGUCCAAGAUCCCUGUUAAAACAACUGAAUCUAGUAGCAAAAUACCUGUGAAACAAGAUAAUAGAAGUAAAUCUGAGUCUGAUGCCAGCACAUCAGAUUCCAAAGUAAAAGCAACCCCAAAAACAAGGAGUUGCACAGAAUCUCAUUGUGACGAUUCUGAACAAUCUAGUCAGGUAGUUGAGAGAGAAAAUGUUGAGGUAACAAAACAAAAGUCAUCAAAACUUCCAGUAAAAGCAAAGAAUUUGUCAUUUGCCCAAACAUCAUCAUCAGCAACAACAGAGCAGGAACGUUUCUUUGAAAUGUACAAGAAUUCGAUUGAUUUCUUUGAAGAAAUUAGUGAUGAGGCAUCAAAAUUAGUGGACAGACUUACCCAGGCUGAAAAGGAACAAGAACCAUUAUCUGAUGAUGAGAGCAGUGCCUUUGAUAUUUCAGUCAUUGAAAAUGUUCCAAUGCCUGAAACCCAGCAGUCUGUUCCAGAAGACAUCUUUGACACCAGACCUAUAUGGGAUGACUCAAUUGAAACUCAAAUUGAACGUAUUCCAGAUGACCAUAGCCAUGACAAUGCACAAGGUUUUGAGGAGGACCAAGAGAGGAUGGAGCAAAGACUUGCCCAUAUUGCUGAUCAUCUGGGCUUUAGCUGGACUGAACUAGCCAGAGAGCUGGACUUCACAGAAGAACAAAUUCACCAAAUACGAGUUGAAAACCCAAACUCCUUACAGGAUCAGAGCCAUGCAUUGCUUAAAUAUUGGCUUGAAAGAGAUGGAAAACAUGCAACAGAUUCCAGCCUAAACCAGUGCCUCACCAAGAUCAAUAGAAUGGAUAUUGUCCAUCUGAUGGAAUCGUACAUGAAAGAGCCCAUGCUACGCCAUGCCAAUCGUACAUAUGCUGAUAUAGAACAGACAAUAACACUGGAUCAUAGUGAAGGCUUUUCAGCUCUUCAGGAUGAGUUCUCUAGCCCGCAGAAGAAGAUCAAUACUGAUCAUUCAGAAUCACGAGGCGAGAGAGGAGAACAUCCCCCCCUUGUGUCUGAGGAGGAUGUUUCAAUCAGUUAUUCAUCCUUCCAUGAAGGCCCAGCCAAAGCUGAAGAUGACAAGUCUGUUGCAGAAAUAAUCCGUCAACUACAGAAGGAGUCAGUCCCUACUUUCUCCUCAAGGGAACCAGAGAAAUUAUUAAGGGCAUUGUCUUCUGAACAAGAGUAUGUUGUUACAUCCCCUGAUCUAGAGAAAAAGCUGACAGAGACAGCUGAAGCUGAAGACACUCUAAAUUGCAAAGAAAUCCCACUUUCUCCACUUGGAGCAUCUAUGGAUUUAGGUAGGCCCUCUGUGGAGACUCCUGUGUCUGACCGGCAUAAUGAUUCUCCUAUUGUGCAAGAACCAGAUGAUCUAUUGGAGCAGGAAGAGCAUACAUCAAACAAGACGGACCUCUGCAUAGUGGAAUCUUCAGAUGAGCAAGCACACAAGUUGGACAGAGUCUCUGAAUACAAGUCAUUGGACUCAUUCGAAAAGGAGCUAGCAGAGGAGCUAGGGGAGAUAGAGGCGAACUCAGAUGAGGACGAGAUGGUAACAACCAGGGUCGUUCGUCGCCGUGUGAUUAUUCAGGCGGACAAUAUGGCAGAUAUCCUCCCCGAAACAGUAACAGAAGAACAGUACACAGAUGAGCAUGGCCAUAUCGUGGUUAAAAAGGUGACAAGAAAAAUUAUUAGAAGAUUUGUAUUGCCUGACGGUACAGAAAGAGAAGAAGUGGUGGCACAGGGGGCAUCACAAGAACCAGUGACCAUAGAAGACGGGGACUCCGUGUCUAAAGUUGUAAAACGCACCGUACUCAAAAGUGACAGUGAGCAGUCUGAGAUCUCAUUCUCUGAGCCAAGAGUUAUAUCAUCAUUUGAAGCAGAACCUGUGGAAGGACGUAAGGUCAGCAAAGUUGUGAAGACCACCAUGGUCCAUGGUGAAAGGACAGAAAAAUAUUUUGGAGACUCUAGUUUAGCAUCUGAUUUGCCAUCAGCCAAGGAUGACUUUGAGCAGAACAAGGAUGAAUAAAGCCAGCACACAGAAGAGGACUGUGGUGAAGGACCAGCAUGGGAAACAUGUUUUCGUUGAGCAGCUGGAGGAUGUUCCUGAAGUGCUACAGAAGGAUGACCUCCAGACUGACCUUCAGCAACUUCUUAACCGCUUCUGUGGAGAGGACUGGAAGAAAAGGGCCAAAUGAGAGGCUGCUGCUCCAUUCUUACAACACAUAUCUGUAGUCAGUAUGCAAAAGACACAUUCUAGUCCAUGCCCAAAGGCCAUGGGUACCAUGCGCAAUGGGUAACACCGACACUCCUGUUCUGCAAAUGUCAUAAACAAAAUGAUCAGUUUUGUUUGUUUGCAAAUGCAAAGAUAAUUUGUGACCAAAGAUAGCAUCCUUUCCUUUCCGCUGGUAGAUCCAUAUAUUCUCCAUUUAAUUUGAGAUGAAUUCAGUUCCCUUUGUCCUUCAUGUCAGCUCCGUCCACAGGCCUCUUCAUAGUGUUUGCAAAGGCAACCUAUUAAAGGAUGGACCACACCAUAUUACUUACACAGAGUGAAUGUGCUCCGUGGAUUUGGAGAUACCAGAUGCUACUAUAGGCCUUGAUGAGACUUUGCUAACAGGAAAACAAAGUAGUUCCUGAAAGAGACUUUAUAAUGCUUUCUGCAUUUAGUACAGGAUUCCAACUAUCAAUACGCAGUCAUUACUGUUUCAGGUUAUUCUAGUGUAUAUCACUGGAUUUAAGAUAUCCUCACUACAGUUAAGGGAAAAAGUAAAUAACCAGAUAAAUAACCAAUCUGCUGCUUAUGAAAAGGCAGAAAUACAAAAAAAUUCCAAUAUUAUAAAGUGGACAGACGCUAAAGUCCCCAUCUUCCCUACUGCAAGACCUGUGCUCAUGUCCAUGCUACAGUAGCAGACCAUUUAGCCUUAUAUAACUAGUGGGAAUGGCUGCUUAUGGUGGCACUGUAAAUACUAUGAUGGGAGAGAGAAUUCCCCAUUUAAGGAAAACUAAUAAUAAAUAAGUCACCUUGUUUAUCAGGAUUUCCUAUGGCACAUGCAUGUGGCAUUAAACAAAGAUUAAACUCCUGUAAUCAUGUGUGGAACUUGUUAACCCUCUUAGCACUGAGCAAGCAGUUUUCACAAAUGUGUCCUCUUCUAUUUCUGUAUUUUAUUUUUAUGUCAAAAGCUAAAGACACAAUGCAGGUUUCAGUUCUAUUUUUUAUGUCUUUAUGUCGGGACUAAUUCUUGGAAAUGAUUCUAGCAUUUAUGCACUUUUUUUUUUUUAAAAGAAGGGAUUAUAAAGAAAAUGGAAAUAUUUUUUGUCUUCUGUACCUUAUUCUUCUGGUGGUUUAACUAUGUAGCCUUUUAACGUACAAAAUAUAUAUAUAGAUACAUAUAAGCACUAUACAUUUUAAACCCAUUUAUUUAAUGUAAGUAUAGAUUGGGAAUUGAAAAGAUCAAAACAUUGCAUUAAACUAGAACAAGCUAAUUUAUAAAUAAUACAAGAAAAAAAAAGCAAAAAAAAAAAAUAUAUAAAAACCACAACGAAAACAAAUUAGGCCUUUGCUCUAAGGGGGGGAGGAGAAAGACCCACCGAGAGAGAUGAAUGUCAGUUGUAAAUUACUAGGGUUUCAGUCAAUCCCUUAACAAUUCUCUGGGGCCCUUGGGUUUAUUUAAUGAAAAUGACCUACUGUGUAGCUUCAUUUCUUUCUAGCAGAAACAUUGCUAAAUGACUUUCUCAGCAGGAAAGUCCGGUCACUUACCAUGAAGUCUGGAUGGGAGUCUUGCAGCUAUUGUCAUUUAGGGCUAUCAUGUCCAUUGUGUGACAAGGUCUGAAGAAACAAAUCGGUUGUGCUAUUUGCAGUGCAGAUGAUGUCUGUGUAACAGCAUAAAUUGUUCCUCACUUUUAUAGGUUCUGGUUCCUUUUUAUUUCUGCUCUGUUAUAAAACAAAGUUUACUACUGUGAGAAGUGACAUUUAAGUUGAUGAUUCAGCAUCUUGUUCCCAUGGUGAUAACACUAAUUUAAUAUAUCUAUGAGGGCAUGUCUUAGUUAAAAAUGGCAAAAAUAAAUCACACUAACGAUACAUAGCUGCAACGUGUACAAUGGCUGAUUUAAUUAAAUAAAGUGUUCAAUGUACAAA